AAUUAAAAGUGACUGUUGGGCAUUGCUUGAGGUAUUUGCUGUACUAAAUUCCCUUGAUGUUUAUGUUUGGGUCCCUCUCUUCAGGUGAAAUGGAGUGGCACAAACCAAGAAGGUGCUGGUAAAACACUAGGGGAGGAAGUAGAGCAAUGUAAUGCUUUCCUCUCCAGGAUAGCAGUCACCACAAAGCAUAUGUCAAAAGCAGGACGCAAUGACAUGCUGACACUCCUGGCCAUAAGAUGGAACCAGCAGAAAUGUCAAAACCUGGCUACUGGACUUUCCCAGAGAUACCAUAAGACAUCUAAAGCUCUCAAUAUCCAGAUGGGGGACCUGGAAACCCUGAAAGCCCAGCAUCAACUGGAUGAACAAACUGUGGAAGAAUUUGUGCAAGAAGUAAAAGAAUGGGCAGAUGGAGAAACUGACCAUCAAGGCACACCACAAGCUUUGUGUAAGAAGAUUGAGGCCCUCACAACCAGCAUCAAGACGAGAGCUCAACUCCUAUAUCGGAAAAAUGACAGCAACAAAGGUCGACAUAGAAUUCGCAGAAAAAUAAGGCAACAGAAGACCACUUUGAAGGCCAUGGUGGCAGAAUACAACAGUCUCGUUCCACACGAGCAAGCGGUGUGCAUGGAUAGCGUUCUGGACACAGAACAUCCCUGGCCUUGGCAAAUUACACAGAGUGGCUCUGCUGAUUUUAGCACAAAGAAAGAAGUCUUCGAUAGGGUCAUGGGUGUUCGAAGGCUUCAAGAAGAUAAGAAGAUCCUUGUGAAAGAGAUGAAGCAGCACUGGGAGUCUCUCAAAGCCCAUGCCAGGGUCUUGUCUGAGUUGUCUCAGCAUCAGAGUGAAGACACCAUACAAAGACAUCUCACAGAGAAAGCCACAAAGGGUCACACCUGCCUCAUCCUCAGAAAGCAGUGGGAAAUGAGAGAGCUGCAGCGGCAUAUAAGAAAACACUACCUGCAUGUGCUGUCAUCAGCACAUAAGCUCUGAAGAUUCAGAGUCUGAUGCAAUGUAAAACAGGAAGAAGAUGUGGUGCUCAUGAUCACAUUGACAC